CAACAUCUCCUCCGUCAUGUCGUUCUCUGAAGCAGAGGUGCAAAGUGCCCGUGGAGCCUGGGAGAAGAUGUAUGUGGAUGCUGAGGACAAUGGGACAACUGUGCUGGUCAGGAUGUUUACCGAGCACCCAGACACCAAGUCCUACUUCGCACACUUCAAAGGCAUGGACUCCGCCGAAGAGAUGAAACAGUCGGAUCAGGUCAGGGGCCACGGCAAGAGGGUUUUCACUGCCAUCAAUGACAUGGUGCAACACCUGGACAACUCUGAAGCUUUUCUUGGGAUAGUGAACCCACUCGGCCAGAAACAUGCCACCCAGCUGAAGAUUGACCCCAAAAACUUUAGGAUUAUCUGUGACAUUAUCUUGCAACUGAUGGAGGAGAAGUUUGGCGGAGACUGCAAAACUUCCUUUGAGAAGGUGACUAAUGAAAUCUGCACUCAGCUGAACAAUGUCUACAAAGAGGCGGGUUGGUGAGGAUGUGCAACCUCCAGGUUCUUCAAACGUGUCGCCAGCACUGAUUUGCUGCUUUUGGGCAUCCAGCCACAGUUGGGAGAAUGAAAAAUUAAAAAAGAAAGGAAAAAAAAAAAGGCUUAUAUAAUAUAGAUAUUGAAGUCAGUAAUUUCCUUAGCAAACUGAGUUUCUACAGUUAAGUGAAACCUACAGAUACAUCAAAGCCAACCAACAAAUCCUGACAUGCCUUGCAGCUUCGGUGCUCCACGUGGGUUCCUCUGGCCACAGUCCUUGAAGACUACACUUUAAGAUGAUGACUUUAAGCUUGC